CGCCUGUCCGUCGCCUCCGCAAAGGCCCCGGCCCCACACAGGCGACUGGCGGAUCCCAGACGGUCGGUCGCACCGACGGACCUCCGAGAGCAGGACCCAUGGACACCUUCAGCACCAAGAGCCUGGCCCUGCAGGCCCAGAAGAAGGUCCUCAGCAAGAUGGCUUCGAAAGCCAUGGUGGCCGUGUUCGCGGACGACGCGAGCAGCGAGGUGCUGGACGAGCUGUACCGGGCCACCAAGGAGUUCACGCACAGCCGCAGGGAGGCGCAGAAGGUGCUGAAGGACCUGGUCAAGGUGGCCGUGAAGGUGGCCGUGCUGCUGCGUGCGGGCCAGCUGGGAGGCGACGAGCUGGCGCAGCUGCGGUGCUUCCGCCGGCGGGCGCGCAGCCUGGCCAUGACCGCGGUCAGCUUCCACCAGGUGGCCUUCACCUUCGACCGGCGCGUGCUGGCCGCCGGGCUGCUGGAGUGUCGCGACCUGCUGCACCAGGCCGCCGGGCCGCACCUCACCGCCAAGUCCCACGGCCGCAUCAACCACGUGUUCGGCCACUUUGCCAACGGGGACUUCCUGGCCGCGCUGUAUGGCCCGGCCGAGCCCUACCGGUCCCACCUGCGCCGGAUCUGUGACGGGCUGGGCAGGAUGCUGGACGAGGACAGCAUCUGAUCCCACCUCCGCCCGCGGGCCCGCUGGACCUGUGGCCUGGGCCCUGCUCCCUGGCCCUCCCUCCCGGCCUGGUCCUCCCCGCCUGUCUUGGUGCUGUGAUUUUGGGUCUCACUGCGUAGCCGGAGCUGGCCAAGAACUGGCCGUCCUCUUGCCUCAGCCUCCCCAGUGCUGGGAUCACAGGCGUGGUCCUCUGCAGUCCUCAAGAGGGGCCGGUGUGGACACAGGUGUGAUGGCUGUGGAAGAUGGAGGCAGAGAUGGGCACCAGGGAGCAGGCGCUGGGGACGGCCCGGGGACUCCCCCACAGCCUGGCUCUCACCUUGGCUUUGCACUUCCAGCCUCCAGAACUGAGUUUGUGGGAUCUCGCUCCCGC